AUGGGUGUCAAAAGUCUCUUUCGAGGCCUAGCAGUAGCUUCUGUCUUGGCUCUUAGAUUAGCAGAUGCUGCUACUUUGACGGUAUCGACAACUGGUGGAAACGCAUCGAGCCCUCAUCUCUAUGGUCUUAUGUUUGAGGUCAGUGACGGUGGUAUACAUGGCCAAUUAUUACGAAAUAAUGGAUUUCAGGGAGACUAUCCGGGAUUGACAGCUUAUGCUGCAGUUGGUGGCACAACUCUCAGUGUAGACAAUGCCAAUCCUCUAACUUCAGCGCUUCCACGCUCGUUGAAAGUUACAGUUCCAUCCGGAACAACUGGUCAGAUUGGUUUUUCCAACGCUGGAUAUCUCGGCAUACCUGUCAAUACCGAUACUUACGCCAAUUACUUCUGGAUGAAAGGUACAUAUUCCGGAUCGGUUAAAUUAUCACUCGUUGGUGCCGCAAGUGGAACAGUAUAUGCUACCAAGACUAUCACUGUCAACAGCGUAGCAACGAAGUUCACCUAUUACGAGACUACGUAUACAUCUACUCAGGCUCCAGAUGGAAACAAUGUUUGGAAGUUGACAUUCGAUGGAGCUACAGUCGCUGGUAGCGCUCUGUACUUCGGUCUACCUCAACUUUUCCCUGUGACCUUCCACACGCGUCAUAAUGGUAUCCGAAAUGACGUUGGUAACUUCCUUCAGGAACUCAAGCCCUCUUUCUUCCGCUUCCCGGGCGGAAACAACAUGGAAGGAUCAUCGCCGGAAAAUAGAUGGAAAUGGAAUGAAACUAUUGGCCCAGUUCAAAAUCGACCGGGAAGACAGGGUGAUUGGGGUUAUCCAAACACAGAUGCUUUAGGACUAAUGGAGUAUCUCCAGUUUAUCUCAGAUGCAGAUAUGAUACCCGUCUUGGCCGUCUGGUCAGGACUCUCCCUUAAUAAAGGCGGUGUGGUUUCCGGGACAGCUCUCACACCUUAUGUUAACGAUAUUCUGGAUGAGCUUGCGUUCCUUCUUGGACCUACAUCUACUACAUUGGGUGCGCUUCGUGAGUCCUAUGGACAAGCUGCUCCAUACAAAAUUUCCUACAUCGAGGUUGGUAAUGAGGAUAAUUUAAGCGGCGGUUGCGGCACAUACGCCUCUCGAUUCACAGCAAUUUACAAUGCCAUCCACGCUGCCUAUCCCGACAUCACAGUCAUCGCCUCAACAUCUCAAACAUCCUGUCUACCAAAGUCACUCCCAUCCGGUGUCUGGACCGAUACUCAUCACUAUGCUUCACCUGCAGGCUUUGUUUCUAUGUUCAAUGAGUGGGACAAUGUACCUCGUAACGGCCCCGGAAUCUUGGUUGGAGAAUACGCCAACACAGCUGAUAAUAGCGGCGCCAAAAUAACUCACUCGACUAUCCAAGGUGCUGUCUCCGAAGCAGUCUACAUGAUUGGCAUGGAGCGCAACUCGGAUAUUGUAAAAAUGGCUUCUUAUGCUCCUCUAUUUGAACAUUUCGACAUGACCCAAUGGUCACCCGAUCUUGCCGGUCUAAAUGCCGAUCCGGGAUCUCUCACUGGAAGCGCAAGUUAUUACGUGCAACAGUUAUUUUCCAUUCAUCGCGGAAACACUAUUUUGCCCGUCACUUCCAGCGUGGGAUUUGGUCCGUUGUACUGGGUUGCUAGUAGUACAAUUACUGGCCUCUAUUAUGUCAAGAUUGCCAAUUAUGGCACUACGAGCCAGAGUGUCACUGUCAAAAUCCCGGGAGUGACGGGUGCGAGUGCGAGUGCGAAGUUGGUUACGUUUACGGGGGCGGCGACGGCGAGUAAUUAUCCAUUGGAUGUUACUUUGCAGCCGGUUACAAGUAGUGUAACUGGGAGUGCGAGUGCGGGAUGGACUUUCAAUGUUUCGGGUUAUGGUAUUGCUGUUAUUACUGUGACUACUUAG